AUGAGCGACUCCGCCUCCGUAUAUGAGCCCGACGACGACGUCGAGUCCGAGUCCGACUUCGAACCCAGCUCGCCCGGUGAACGGUCUCCAACUCCAAAUCAAGAUCUGGACGAACAUGAGUACCGUGGUGACACCUCAUUCGAAGGGGUCGAACGACAACUCGGUGAUGGACUCGGUGAUGCGCUUCUGGGACGCGACCCGCAAAUGCGUGGAUCGCUCAGAUUUCUCCGAGCCUACUCCCACCUUAUCGUGGAAAACGAGGAGCUUCUGGAUUAUGCCUCGCUGAAGGAAACUGAGCACACAUACCAACUCAGUCAAUAUGGCUCGAUGGUCUGGACGCCCGCGGAGAAAGAAGUGUUCUUCAAUGGACUGGACCGGAAGGGCAAGGGUGGCAUCAAAGAGAUUGCUGCUGCAAUCGGUACCAAGUCGGAACUCGAGGUUAUGGAAUACAUGCGAGUUUUGCACAAGUCCUUGAGGGCUCAGUAUGAUUCCGACGUGUACCUGGAGCGCAUGCCUGUCUUAAGCGAUGUCCCGGCGGCCACAGAAGUCAGCCAGGAAUGCUGUGAGCUACUCGAGGAAUAUGGGGAUGUUCUAGUAUUGAAAGAGUCUCUCAGUGAAGCUCAAGUUGGAACGAAGAACUAUGGAGACAACUGGAUUAUCACUACUGCUCGUGCACAGCAUCUGGCCGACGGGGAGAACGCCAGUGCUCAAGGUGACCUCCGCCUCGCAGCCGAUCUGCUGAGUCUUCCAGAUUGGGUUCGGCUUUCUUAUAUUUUGUUCAUGAACCUGGGUGGUAAACAAGCGGAGAACAACUGGUGGAAUCUUGCCAAGAGAAAAGACCUAAUCACAGCAUAUGGACAUACCCCGUCUAUGACUGCAGAUACCGCCGUGGACUUCUACUCUCUCGCUGUCAGUGUCACUCGCCGCUUGGUCCAAUCAUCCCUUUACUUUGCAAUGUCAAGAUUGCGCAGCACGAACCGCAGUGGGAAUGAUAGAAAGGGAUAUGUUCGCAUGCAAGAUGUGCGGGCCGCCAUUGAAGUACUCAACAUGAAGCACCGCAGGCCCAGUUUACUGGACGUCGCUCGUCGCAAUGAAACAGUCCUAGAAGACAUCAACAACCGGAAAGGUUGGGUGCCUACAGUAUUCACCUACGAAGAAGCCGAGGAGAUCAUCGACAGACACGAAUGGACCCGGUACCGUAAAGACGGAACCAUGUACCAUGGUGACAUCGACGAAGAUGACAGUGAAGAUGACGACAAUACCAACGAUAAUAUCGAAAUGGGCGAUGAUAUUGGAGCAGAUGACGACAUCGAAAUGGAAAUCAACAAGCAAGAGACAGAACCCGAGCCAACUCCAGAACCGGAACCUGAACCAGAGCCAGAGACAGAGCCCGAACUCGGAUCAGAACCAGAUUCAGAACUAGAGGACAUGGAUCACGAUCAACCGCGCACGCGAGAGUACGCCGAAAUAUCAACGCCAGCUGCACCGUCAGUCGAACUGGAAAUGGACCCAGAAGAAGAGCAAGCAGACAUUGUGGACCAGAACGCCAGCAAUCGCCAAGAGGCCAACUUUUUGAAGUUAAUGGAGCAACCUGUGCCGGACUUCGUUGACGAAGAACCAAUGAAGCUAGAGGAACCUGACGACGAUACCAAGGUCCUACCAGAGCGCAGAAUGAGAGAAGAUAUCUUCAACUGGCGGGAUCGGAUCAUCUACCGCAAUGAGUGGGAGGAGUACGGGUACGAUUUCGCCGAGCUGAAGGAAGACAUGGAAAUGCCUCCGCUGAAAAGGGCUAGAUACAACCAACCAGGAGUUGCUCUCCCCGCCCCGUUUCCUUUGAGCGAGGCCGUAAUAGGUGACAGUGAGGACGAUGAGAAUGGUUCUUAG